AUGACACUCCUGUCACCUCUGCAUCAACCACACCUUCUCUUCUCUUCAGAGUGUGUUAUCUUAGUGAAGAGCAGAGCCACAGGCUCAGGCAAGGCACAGUGCAGAGAUAUGGAGUGGAAAAGACUCAACUAUGAUAUCUACACCCUGCGGCAGAUCCGCCGGGAAGUGAGGAACAGAAGGAGACAAAUCUUAGAAGACUUGGAGUUUUUGGUGGUCUUCUCCUAUUACAAUGGAGGUCCAAAUUGGUUGUUCUAUUUCAAAAUGAACUUGAAAAUUAAUGUGUGCUGUAACCAGAAUGCUCAAUUUGACGAUACACUGGAGUUGGUGUCAUUUGAGGAUGUCACUGUGAAGUUCACCUGGGAGAAGUGGCAAAAUCUCAACAAUGCUCAGAAGAUGCUGUACAGGAGUGUGAUGCUGGAGAUGUAUAGUAGCCGGCUGUCACUGGGGCAAUGCAUCCCUAAACCUGAGUUGAUCUUCAAAUUGGAACAGGGAGAGGGGCCAAGGACAGCAGAAGAACCUGCAAACAAGAGUCUGCCAGUCUUCUGCAGUGUGGGUGGCAUAAUUGAGACUAACCAGAAGAGUCGAGAAAGACAUUUGUGGCAAGUUACCUCCAACGGCCAAAAUAAAGCAAGUGAGGAAGCAGAGGGAUUAGAAAACACUUUUUAUUUAUACUCCAUGAAUAUUUCAAGUUUUGUUGUAAGUAAUAGAAACUGUUCAGGAGUGAAGCCUGAGGAGUUGAGUGGAUAUCUGAAUACACAUCUCUCUUUGGAGCCUCAUGGAUUGUGUGCUGGAGAGCAAUAUAAUGGCUGUUAUGUAGCAGGGAAAUCCAUCAGAUGUCCUGUGCAGUUGGGUCAGUAUUCCAAGAUUCUAACUAGACAGCAGGAAUUUGAAUAUAUCGGAGAAGGGAAAGAUACAAAGGAUGGAAAAUUAUUGAAAAAAGUUACUCCAUCUAAGAGACUUCAAAUGGGACUGACUUCUUGCAAGCAUAAUGAGUGUGAGCAAGUUUCUGUUCAGUCAGAUGCCAUGACUAAGAUAGGGAAGGCAACUUUCAGUAAGAAGUGUAACCUCACUAAACACCAAGCAACAAACUCAGUGAGAAAAUCUUGUAAAUACCUUGAAAGUAGGAAAACCUUUACUAGUGAAUUAGACCUUAUAGUAUAUCAGAGGACACAUAACCAGAAGAAAGACCAUGUAUGUAUCCAGUGUGAGAAACCUUUUAGCACUAAAUCUUCCCUUACUAUUCAUCAGAGAAUUCACACAGGAGAAAAGCCCUAUGGAUGUAGUGAAUGUGAUAAAACCUUCAGACAAAAGUCAGCUCUCAUUGUACAUGAGAGAACUCACACUGGAGAGAAACACUUUGAAUGUUGUGAGUGUGGUAAAGCCUUCCAACAUAAGUGGUACCAGAGAACUCAUACUGGGGAGAAACCAUAUGAGUAUAAAGAAUGUGGAAGAGCCUUUCUAAAGAAGUCAUACCUCAGAAUGCACCAGGGAACUCACAAGAGUGAUAAACCAUAUGAGUAUGAGAAAUGUGGGAAAACCUUCCAUAACAGGUUAUACUUCAACGUGCAUCAUAGAACUCACAAUGGCGAGAAGCCCUAUAUGUGCAGUGAGUGUGGAAAAGCCUUUUACCAGAAGUCAGACCUCAGAAGGCAUCAGAGGAUCCACAACAGUGAGAAAUUACAUGAAUGUAAAGAAUGUGGAAAAGCCUUUCAAAAUAAGUCAUACCUCAAAACUCACCAGAAGGUUCACACAGGUGAGAAACCAUAUGAGUGUAAAGAGUGUGGGAAAGCAUUUCAAAACAAGUCAUAUCUCAACAAGCACCAGAUAAUUCAAACAGGUGAAAAGCCCUAUGAAUAUAAUAAAUGUGGGAAAACGUUUCAGUGGAAGUUAGUCCUCCGUAAGCAUCACAGAAUCCACACAGGUGAAAAGCCCUAUGAAUGCAUUCAGUGUGGAAAAAUGUUUGGCUACAAAUCAUCCCUCAUUGUACAUGAGUUGAUUCAUUCUGGGGAGAAACCUUAUGGAUGUAAUGUGUGUAGAAAAACCUUUUCACAGAAAUCAAACCUAAGCAGGCAUCAGAGAACUCACCGACAUGGGAAGCUAUGUUAGGAAUG